UCGAUACGAACUGGUCAGUUUGAGCCACAGUCAGCAUCAAUAAUGCAACCGGUGGUCGUUGCACUGUUUGCCAUCUUCGGAAUGUCUUGCACUGGAGAGACGACAUUUGAGCAGUACGUUGAGCUCAUGUUCCAGGCCGACGCCGUUUUCGAAAGCCUGUGUCUGAGGAAAACCAACGAUACCAGCGAGGCGCAGCGUAUGGUUGCGGCCAACAUCGAGCUACAGAACUGUGUCAACCGUUUUCACGAUCCGCAGAAUUUUACCAACAGUUUGGAUGAGCUAACCGUCGAGAAGCGGAAACAGUUUAUCGAUUUUAAUUGUGCCGAGUUUGAAGAGAUAAAAAAAUGUUACAUUCCAUUCGAGCGCCAGAUGAAGGUGUGCCUAAGCGAGCGCGAUCUUUCGAUGGCCAAGACGCUGAUCAUCCUUGAGAAGGAGUUUGAGUUCAUAUGCGAGAACGAGGGGGUCAACGUGGUGCCAAUGUACCGCUCGAACUAUUCCUUCUGCGCCGGCAAUCUAAAUGUGUUGCUGCAGCAGUGCUCGGUGUCGAAAUGGCAACAGCUACGAAGGAAAACCAUCUCAACUAUGACCGCACAGGAUUGCAGUACGUUCGAGGAGCUGUCCAACUGCUUUCGGGAUAACAUUAACAAAUGUGGUGCACCGUUGUUCGCUCAACUCUUCUACAUACGCUAUCGGGAUAUCGUGAAACAGACGCCCUGCAGUGAGCUACUGGCUGCUAGUGAAGAUUAGCAAACAGAUUGCAUUCUGAAGGCAGUAAUUCUUCUAGACAUUCCAAUAUUACCAUCGUUGAAUUGCUGUUUCCUACAUCCCAGACCCUGAUUUGUGUCCUUUCUAAAUUCCAUUAUUCUAAUUUCGAAGAAGAUAAUAAAAAUUACCCAUUCCAUUCAUUCCCGGA